GAUAGUACUUGUCACGAAUGGAAUGUCGAGGGCAAGAAUGGGACAAUGAGCUUACUUCGAGGUGAUCAUAACACGACUUUGCGUCCGCUUUCUCCGCCCUCUUCUCUGAACACCAUGCUGUGUUACUACCACUACAUGCGCGCGAGCAGGCAGUACUCGUUGCUGGAAAGUUCACCUUGUCUACCCAUGGGGUUACCACGACGGCGAGCAGUCUCCGUUAUACGUACGGCUGCGCGUGGCUGGCCUAUUAUUCGGUAAAUGAAGAGCUUGACGACCACUACAGUGCCUCCAACAGGCGUGGGGUAUAUAACCUUGCUUGACAUGACUCGCAAACCCUGUCUUCCUCGUCAGCCAUGCUUGCCAAGUCCAUCCUUUCUAUCCUCUCGCUCGCUGCCGUCGUGCUUGCCGACUGUGUGAGCAACCCCGAUCCCGUGGCCAUCAGCUGCCUGCAAGCAGACAACCGCAAUGGCAACCAAAACUGUAACCCAGACGACAUUUCCUGCUUGUGCAAGGACUACGUCACGGACGGUAAUGCACAAGUCUGGAACGGUCACUGCGUGAUGGACUCGUGCCAGGAGAGCGGUAACCUCGAUCAGGGCGUGAGUGCCGUAGGCGCGGCGCAGUCAUCGAUCUGCGCGUCUUACACGGCCACCUCUACGUUAAGCACGACGAUCUCCGCCACUUCGUCUCAUCUUGGUCUCCCAACCGGGUGGACCUCUACGGUCAUCGUCCCCGGUACUUCUACGAUCAUAGUCCCUGAAACUUCUACGAUCGUCGUCCCUGGCACUCCUACCUCGUCAUCGCAUGCAUCGGUUACGACAACUGUCACCGUCUCGGUUAACCCCAACCCCACAUCCUCGUUCAGUACCGUGUAUGUCGGGACCUCUACCUCUGGCUGAGGCAUUCAUAGUAUGGGUCGCAGUGAUCAGAGUUGACUUACGGGUAUUAUCUGACAAACGCGUAUCGGGGGUAAACCCAGACGCGCGAACGGCCAGUGAGUAAUAUCAGUGUAAAAGGUGUUCGAUUAUGGUAAACACCUUGAACUACUCCAGUAGCGUAGCUAUUUCGCUACGGUCAAUAUGGAGGUUCACAUGUACGAAGGACAGAUAUCGCUUGAGUAUCGGCAGUUGCACUGUGCUGACCUCAC